AUGCUUCUUGUCUGCACACAAGAAUCAGAGUAUUCACAGAAAAUAAAGCAUAAGAAUUAUGAAACAGCUGUCCUGGGAAGAAACGUGACCAUCUUCUGCAACUUGACAAGUCUGGCAAAUGUUCUACAAGUUACCUGGCAAAAAAUUCAAGGCUCUUUGCUUCAAAAUAUUGGCACUUACAGUCAUAAAUAUGGAGAAAAUAUUCUCCCCCCGUAUACAAACAGGCUGCACUGCAAGAUCCUGGAACCCAAUGCCUCCUUCAUAACUAUCCAAGGAGUGACAUUUGAGGAUGAAGCCUGCUACAAGUGUCUGUUCAACACCUUUCCACAUGGCAGCCAUGGAGAACAAACCUGCCUGAACAUUCUAAUUGUACCUGAAUUAAUAAUAGCUGAACUCUAUCCUGUUCCUGGCUCUGAAGAUCUCCUCAACCUCCAUUGUUCAGCUGUGGGAAAGCCUGCUCCUGGCAUCUCCAUUUACCCUUCACAAGCCCUAGUGCCCACACAAGAAGAAUACUUUACUAAGAACCCAAAUACCACAGUGACCGUCACUAAAAGACACAACGUCUCUUUGAAAACUGUGAGGUCCUUGGGCCUCCACCACCUGGUUGUGUCAAUGACUCACCCUCUAAGAAGGGAAGACAAGAUAGUUCCUCUGCCAGUCAAUCAAGAAGGUCCCGUGGAUCGUUGUUUAAAUUGGAUGAUAACUGCAAUUGUAUUCACCACCUUAUUUUUCACUUCAUGUGUCAUCAGUGCUGUUCUCUAUAUCUAUUUCCGAAAGAAAAGGUAA